GGUGGGUAGUUCGAAAACAAAGGAUUAUCUACACGUAACGUACGUCUAAAAUACGAAAACAAGAUGAAACUGUUCUAAAUUAUUUUGUUAUUUUUCACGGUCGAAAGUUGAAUAAAAGUGUGAAAUCAAUGUCAUCGUGGAGUGCCAAGUGUUAGAAACGUCGUGGAAACUGGCGAUGCAAAUCGCUUGUGUUGCGAGCUGAGUCAUUACAGCAGACUUACAAUGUGCGCGGCGAUAGACAUGCUAUCAUCAGAACAGCUGUUUUACGGACACAGUCCACCCGCCGGCUUUCUUACGGACUAUACAGUGCGCCGGCCGAACAUAUCGAAGAUCACCACCGUCACUAGGGGAUUCUCAUCGCCAUGUUUACCCACUUCUAUGACGUUGAAGCCGUUACAACUCACUUUAAAGGCAGCCCCGAGAUCAUGCUUAAGAAUGCCGACUGAGAACAAGAAGAAGCGGGUAGUGUUCGCGGACGAUAGAGGGUACGCUCUAGAACAAGUCAAAUUCAUGACCGAGCCCUCUCAUGUGCCACCUUACUGGGCCUUGAAGAUUGUAGCCAGUCCGACGUUAGAGAGAAAACCACCGCCUCAAACGCCGCAAGAUGUGUGGGAGAUCAGAUUCGUCCAGCCAGCGUCAGAUUAUCUCGAAUUCAGAAGAAAAAUCAAUGAAGACUGCGUUACGCUUGAAAACGUCAUCCUCAAACAGAACGAAUGUGCAGUUGAUGGAACCGUUAAAGUUAAAAACUUGGAUUUCGCUAAAGAAGUCUUUGUGCGAACGACAUCCGAUGGCUGGACGACCAGCGAAGACACUUACUGCGCCUUUUUAGAAUCCGGUCCUUUACAUCAGCACGGAGUCUCAGCGUACGAUACGUUCGGGUUCAGAAUACAGUUACCAAUUCACUCCCGAAGGCUAGAUUUCUGCGUCGGUUACCGCUGCCAAGGAAAAGAGUAUUGGGACAGCAACAAAGGCCUGAACUACACCAUCGAGAAGUCCUCAGUCCGGAAAACGCCUGCAGUAUCUUGCGCUAGGAUAAAAUACGGGAACUCCUGGAGUGCUCGGGCAGAUCUAAAUGGAAACACACCGUACUGGUGAAAGACACUAGUUUCGCUUGUGGAUUUAGUUGCCUGUCGGCUUUACUGUGAUCAAAGUGCCAUUGAAGUGCCAAGUCAAGACUGGAUCCGUAGGUAUGUAUGAGAGACAUGAUUCACCAUCGUGACAGCGGAGGGCAGUGCGCUUUGACACUUGACUGUAGAUAGCACGGAGAUAUGCCCGUUUUAUUAAUGUUGGUAUAAUUGGAUAUCCGUGGAAAUUUCCGUCGAUAAGUUGAAAAGGAGACUAUAAAUAGAUAAACUGUCCUAUAAUAUUUAUUUAUUUAAAUAUCCGAUGUGUCGCCUCUGUACCUUCCAGAGGCAUAGCUGUAAAAAUAUGUUCCUCAUUAAUCGAAUUUCGAGUAUGAUAGUAAAAAUUGCCUUUAAAUUUUAGGGUUAAGUAUAUUUACCUAGUUCAUUUUUUUGCAUUAGAAAAUAGGUAAAUAAUAUUGACGUGUCUUUUUAUUGAAAAACGCUUUUAAAAAAUCAGUAACUAUUACUUAUGAAAGCAAAAAAAAUGUAAAUGCUCGUAUAUGAUCCAUCAUUUUUACAUAUUUGUGGUGACUUUUUUAUUAAAAGUGUUUUUCGAUAAAAAUACACGUUAUAAUGGCUUACCUUAUUUCUAAUGCUAAAUAAAACGGAAUAUACGUAUAUAGUAGUUAUUAUCAAAAAGUGUGAAGGAAUAAAAGAGCAACCAAAAAAAACGAGCUUCGACUGAGAACCGUUUCAAUAAUUACACACAAUUAUUUUUGCCAAACUUAAACCGGUCGCCAUAUUAUCAUAUUUAAUUAAAAAGUUGCCUCGAAUUUAUUAUCAAUUUACCUUGAACAGUUGCAAAGUAGUUCCGUUCUGUCACUUACUAUAAAUAACUAUAAUUUCGUUUCCGACUUGAUAAAAAAUUGGAUUCGGUGACACAGAGACUGAUAUCGACAACUGAUAACUUUGUUUUGUAUUUUACGCGUGAUUAACUGUAGAUAACUAGACAAGUCAUUAAUUUUAUGUUGUUAUAGUGAUUAUCACUUAAAAAAACGUCUCCAUGCUAUCAACAGACAAGUUUUAAACUGAAAAAUAAGCCAACAAUAAUAAUAAAAGACUUAUCUUUACAAGUUUAUGAAUAUUGUCUUGAAUUAUAGUUAAGAAUAAUCCGAAAUUGUUUCUUUGGAAAUCAACGAGCAAAUUUAAUAUGUAAGGCGAAGAAUCUAUUGUCUCUGACAUUUUAUGACUUUGCUAUUUUUAUUGUUAGGCUUUUUUCGUUAAACGUAAACAUUCCUAUUUCAGAAAGUAUGUUUAGGUAUUUUCGUAUUGGUUUCCAAAGAUAUACAAUGUACGAACGCGAAUAUUUGUAAGUAGGUAGGAACGGAAUAAAGAAUUUAUGUAUGAAGUCUCGAUUUAAAAGACUCGUCCCACGUUUUGUAAAAAUGUGGACACACUGGAAUUUUGAAUGAAAUUGUAUCGAUUACCCUUUAUAUUACUAUUACAAUAAUAGCAUCCAAGGGUUGGUUAGAAUUUAAAGUAAAUAUUAUUACUGUUAAUAAUUCAGAUAUUAUGGUCAGAUAGUUAACAAAUCAAAAUAUAUGAAUACAUUAAUUUAAAACCCAGCAAGCUCUUUUCUCCAUACAAACGUAGUUACGCUCUCAUUUCAUAACGACUAGCUAGAUUGCUCUGAAACUUUGUACUUACAAUAGGAUAAGGUAUAUCUAUGCCUGUAAUUAGUUAAUGUAGCUUCAAUUACCAUAGUUAAAAAAUACAGCGAAUUUAAAUUUUUUAUACAAACUUGUUUUUGGUCUAUUUCGUUUGUGUUAUAAGCUGGAGCUAUAUAAACUAAUUACACCUCAUAACCUCACCUUAAUUAUACCUCAUGUUAUUGUACUUAUAUGUGCAAACUUUCAUUACAAUCCAAAACGUAGUUUUAAAAUGAGAACGAAAUCCGUUUGUAUGGGAAGGUGAAAUCCGGCCGAGCUUGCUGCGGACUUGAUAUGCCUUAACCUUCAGAGGGCCUACCGCGAACCACGUUCGACGUGUUGCCUCUCUGUUGCACUUGUAGAUGUGUACGUAAGUGUGACACGUGUUGCCUCCCAACACGUCGAACGUGGUUCGCGGUAGGCCCUCUGAACGCCAUCUGUCAAACCCAAGAAUGCACACCCCAAUAUCGCUGGCAUACGCUAGCAAAUUUAAACCGUGCCUACUGGAAACGUUGCCGGUACUGUGAGAAGUACGGCAUAGUACUUAUAUAACCUUUUAACCGCCGUUGUCUCAUAUAUAAGACAUACAAUAUCCAGUUCAUUUCGGUGCAAUCUGACAAAUAAGACAAAACUUCAUGUAACUUCGUACCGGCGGCGACACAAGCACGCUCUCGUUCGUUCUUGGCGCCACGGGAACGAUUUUCUACGACGCAUUUAAGGGUUCAUGGCGUUCAAAGGGUUAAAGGGAUUUGACCAAGUUAAUACUAUAAGUAAUUGUAUUAGUAAUUGUUAUAAUAUCGUCCUGUAUUAAGUUUCUUAUGUUUUUUUUUACUUGUGUUUUGAUUUUAGCACACUUGAAAGUUUAUUCUAAGACGAAAUGUAUUUGUGUAAUAAAUAUAUUAGUACAUACAGUUAAUACUUUAUUAUUGUCAAUAAUAAUAAUUCAACGUUUAUUAGAUACCUAUUGAUGUUCCUUGCGUUAGAAGUAAAUAAAUUAUAAGAUGUUACAGGCCUGUGCAUACCGGUGCGUGUGCGGUGUGCGUAGACGCACGUGCGCGUUGUAAUAUACGGACCAUUAUGAGACACGGCACACCGCUUGCGUGAAGUGUGCGGGCGCGGCUCAAACAUUUUAGCGCACGCGUACGUCACGCACACACAGCCGGUGGCUGUUAAUUUUAAAUAAAAGUGCUAUUAUGCGAAUAUAAUCGUUUUACUUCAUGAAUUUAUUUAAAUCGAUUAAUAACCGAUAUGGCUAUGUAUAAAUGUUAUGUUUUUACCUAACACUAAGUACAUGGUUUUGAAAAUCUCAGACAAAACUGUUUAUAUAUUUUAAAUCAGUUGUGUUAUUGUUUUAUAAAAUGAAACUAUUAUUCAAGUAAAACAGCAAAUAUACUAGCUAUUUGAAUGUUAUAUUUGUCAUUUCGAAAUAGUGAGAUGUAGCUUUUUAAUUCAUUAAUUUCAUUAUAAUUCUAAAUACGACAAGCAUACAUCACUUUUGUUAGUGCAAAAAUGUCAUUGUGUGUUUUUAUUUAUUAUUUUCAAACAUUCACCGAAUUAUUGUAAAAUAUUUAAUUGUACGGUCACGUCUGAAAAUAUCGAUACGAAAAAAGUGCCAAAAAUAUGUAUACACGACUUUAUUGUCCAUAUAUUAAGGUAGUGUAUUUUUGGCACAUUUUUCGUACCGAUAUUUUCAGACGUGACUGUACAGUCACGGACUUUAAUUGUUGAGCCAUUUACGGUUUAUUUAGUCUGUGAACGUAGAUUUUUGUUAUUUAUGUAGCUUACUAGAUAUUGUAAGAUAUGUAAAAGGUCGCAUGAAAUUAUGAAAAAUGAAAUCGAAAUCAAAUGAUGGAACUGUGAAUUUAAAUGAAAUUGUAAUCAAAUGAUGGAACUGUGAAUUUAAAUGAAAUUGUAAUCAAAUGAUGGAUCUGUGAAUUUAAAUGAAAUUGAAAUCAAAUGAUGGAACUGUGAAUUUAAAAGAAAUUGAAAUUAAAUGAUGGAACUGUGAAUUAAAAUGAAAGUAAUUUAUUGUAAUGAAUGAUUUUAUAUUUUAGAAUAUUCAAUUAUUUUUAUAUCAAGGGGCUGUUAUCAUUUAUGAAGGGAUGUAUGUUUUAAUGAAAGAACUGAUUAAUUUAAUUAUUAAUUUAUAUUCUUGUACAGGUAAUUAUAGAAAAAUGUUAAUUUUUUUAGUUAAUUUUUACGUGAAUCGGUAUGUAAAUAUUGACCACCUUUUUCUAUAAAAAUAUAAAUAAUCAAAUUAUG